GCUCUGCUAGUAGUUGCACUUCUGCUUUCAGUCCUGCCGCAACAACUGAAAUCCAGGGCUUUGACAACAACAACAAAAAAACACUUCUACAUUUGAAUUACAUCAUGGAUGGGCUACGGUCUCAAUGAGCCCAAAUGCAGUGUUGACACAACACAGCAGAGCGUCUUCCCUUCAAAAGCAAGUAAAGCCAGACAUUUGUUAUUUUUCUUUUGCAAAAAGAAGAAAAAAACGGACACAAAGAGGAAAAUGCUUUGGGUAAAUGCGUACCGCAGGCCCACACAUGUACACUGAGAUGACUACCAUGGAAUUCAGGCAAACAGUUUCCUGGAAAAUCGUUGUAAGUGGCACAUCUGGAGCGCAUUAUUGGACUUGACAAGAGAGAAGGGUGUUUGAGAGUGCGUGUGGUUUAACAGAAUGUUCAUGAAUUGCAGAAGGGUGAAAAAAUGGCAUUUCCUCCAGCUUCUCUCGAUGUGCUGUGUCAUGUCAGUCCUUAUGGUUUGUUGGGAGCACGUGGACCAUCACGUUGUGAGCCAUGUGAAAUCCUACUCCUACCGCUAUCUAAUAAACAGCUACGACUUCAUCAACAAAAGCCUCAGUGUCAGCCCGGAGGAAGCCGCCAGGUUCGGUAGCUUCCCGUAUUUGCUUGACCGCAGGGACGUUUGUAAAAACAAAGACGUCCUGCUUUUGCUCUUCGUCAAGUCCUCACCAGGAAACUUCAAAAGGCGGCAGGCCAUACGCUCCACUUGGGGCAACGAGUCCUAUAUUAGUCAGGAACUCGGCGUUGUCGUCAAGGUAGUGUUUGCUAUGGGAGUUCGCCCUGACAGAUCCGGACAUAAAACACUGCAGAAGGAACUGCGCAAGGAGCACAUGACCCACCAUGACCUGAUUCAACAGGACUUCCUUGACACAUUCCACAACCUCACUGUGAAACUGCUGCUUCAGUUCCGCUGGACGCACGAAAACUGCGCACAUGCCCACUUCCUAAUGAGUGCGGACGAUGAUGUCUUCAUCCAUGUGCCUAAUCUAGUGCACUACCUCCAGGAGCUCAGAAGACAGAACGUACGCAACCUCUGGGUCGGCCACGUUCAUAGGGGGGCGCCGCCUGUUCGGAAGCGGGACAGCAAGUAUUACAUGCCAUUUGACAUGUAUCAGUGGUCCUCCUACCCGGAUUACACUGCUGGCGCCGGGUAUGUCGUUUCUGGCGACGUGGCAGCCAAAAUCUACCAGGCCACGCAGUCUCUAAACGCCUCAAUGUAUAUCGAUGACGUCUUCAUGGGCAUCUGUGCCAUCGCUGCAGGCGUCUCGCCUCAGGAACAUGUUUACUUCUCGGGUGAGGGGAAAACGCCUUAUCACCCGUGCAUCUACGAAAAGAUGAUCACCUCUCACGGACACGAGGGCGAUAUCAGGUACCUGUGGAAGGCUGCGACCGCCCCGCAGGUAGAAGGUAUUUCGUCUGGUUUGUUAGGGAAGUUGUAUUGUGCAGCUGUGAAAAUGACGCUGCUUUGUAAGCCCUACUUUACGAACACGUAUUCAUGCAUGGCAGCUUUUACAUGAUGCACUGUGAGAUCUAUGAAGUCCGAGCAGUAUUUGCGUUUUUUUCUUUUUCUUUGCUCGUUUACUUUUGCUUUAAAUGUUGAAUAGUCAUUUCUUAAUAAUGAUGGAAGCAAUGCGACCUAAGCAUUUGUUUAGCGCUGUUCCAUUUUUAUUUAUUUAUUUGAAUGUACAGCGUAUGAAUCCUACAGCAAAAUAGCUGCAAUAGGAUGGAAAUAUGGCACGCUGCGAAUGUAUGUCUUCCAACAUUACAUGCAUCUCACAAAACUUGUCAAGUUCACACUUCUGAUUUGAACAGGUAAAUAAACAGUUAAUAUUUGA